CCAUUGUUGUUCCUCCAUUUCUUCCUCUCAAAACCCUUCUAAAAUGCCACAAAUCUUGCCGGAUUUCUCAUCCUCCGUCAAGCUUAAGUAUGUGAAGCUUGGAUAUCAGUAUCUGGUUAAUCACAUCCUUACAUUCUUACUCAUCCCCAUUAUCGCCGCCGUCGCCGUCCAACUCCUCCGUGUAGGUCCGGAAGAGAUCAUCACCACUGCCAAAUCCCUCCAUCUUGAUCUUGUUCAAAUACUAUGCUCCGUGUUUCUCAUACUCUUCAUCUCCACCGUCUACUUCAUGUCGAAACCUCGAUCCGUUUAUCUUGUUGAUUACACCUGUUACAAAGCUCCCAUCACUUGUCGUGUUCCUUUCUCUACUUUCAUGGAACACUCGAGGUUGAUCUUGAAGGAUAACCCUAAGAGUGUUGAUUUCCAGAUGAGGAUCCUUGAACGUUCGGGAUUAGGUGAAGAGACGAGUUUGCCGCCGGCGAUUCAUUACAUCCCGCCCAAUCCUAACAUGGAGGCUGCUAGAGGCGAGGCUGAACUUGUGAUCUUCUCCGCCAUUGAUAAUCUGUUUCAGAGAACUGGGUUGAAACCGAAAGAUAUAGACAUUCUUAUAGUCAACUGCAGCUUGUUUUCUCCGACGCCAUCGUUGUCGGCGAUGGUGGUGAAUAAGUAUAAGUUGAGGAGUAACAUUAAGAGCUUUAAUUUAUCCGGUAUGGGAUGCAGCGCCGGAUUGAUCUCCAUAGAUUUAGCCAGAGAUUUACUUCAAGUUCUUCCGAAUUCAAAUGCUCUUGUGGUUAGUACUGAAAUCAUUACUCCAAACUAUUAUCAAGGAAAUGAACGAGCUAUGCUUCUUCCAAACUGUCUUUUCCGAAUGGGCGCCGCCGCCCUCCUCCUGUCGAACAAACGCCGUGAGCGCAGCCGUGCGAAGUACAAGCUCGUCCAUGUCGUCAGAACCCACAAAGGUUCCGACGACCGAGCUUACAGAUGCGUUUACGAACAAGAAGAUCCUCAAGGACUCGUCGGAAUCAACUUAUCAAAAGAUCUCAUGGUGAUUGCCGCCGAAGCUUUGAAGUCAAACAUCACCACGAUCGGUCCUUUAGUUCUACCGGCAUCGGAGCAGCUCCUUUUCCUUUUCACCCUCAUCGGCCGGAAAAUCUUCAAUCCAAAAUGGAAACCCUACAUUCCAGACUUCAAGCUAGCGUUUGAACACUUCUGCAUACACGCCGGUGGAAGAGCGGUGAUCGACGAGCUUCAGAAGAACCUCCAGUUGUCGGCGGAGCACGUAGAAGCUUCCCGGAUGACGUUGCACCGAUUCGGCAACACCUCGUCGUCGUCGCUGUGGUACGAACUGAGUUACAUCGAAUCAAAAGGGAGGAUGAAGAAAGGUGAUAGGGUUUGGCAAAUUGCAUUCGGAAGUGGGUUCAAGUGUAACAGCGCCGUCUGGAAGUGUAACCGGAGCAUCAAAACUCCGACCGGCGGGCCAUGGGAGGAUUGUAUUGGUCGAUACCCGGUGCACAUCCCGGAGGUCGUGAAGCUGUGAAUUUACGUGUAUUAGAAAAACAAAAACAAUAAUAACACAACUUCAAAAUUAUUGUGUUUUUUUUAAUAAUUAAAUUUUUUUUUAUCUUUUUAUAUUUCAUUUUAAAUAUUUCUGCAGAAUUCAAAAUUCUGGAAUUGUAAUACAAGAUUUGAUGUGUUAUAUAUGUAAACGUCUAUAUACGUUGUUUAUCAUUAUAUAUUAAAUUUAUGGGUUUUAAUAUC